CUUCCUGCUUCGGUAAAGGCUUCGGUAAAGGCUUCGGUGAAGGUUUCAGUAAAGGCUUCCUGACCCCGCUCAUUAGCCGUGCCCCGUCUCCUCGCACCCCCGUGUAGGAGUGUGCCCCCCAGUGACAGAGUGGCAAAGCUAGCCUUUGUCCCCCAAAAAAGGAAAGAAGCCCAGAAGUUUCUCUCAACGAUCAGGUGAAAAGCCACCUCAUAGGACCACAGAGGCUUCACCAAAAACUCGGGGUCAUCUAAUUGGAUAGAAGCCAAAAAGUCCCGCCUGGCCCAUUGGGUAGAAAAGAGGAGAACAAAAGAACUAAGGGGCUUUUGUGAGGUGUUUAUACCAGGGGCAGACCUCUGUACCUGGCUCGAGUUUUCCUGUUUGUUAUUUUACGUUUUAUUAAACCUUUUUGUUUCUAACACUGCAGCAGAAGCCAUCCUGCUUAUUAUUUGCCUCCAGAGGAAAUAGCUAAGCUAUCCUUGGUUGUGUUAGGUUCCCUGUAAAGGGUACAACACGAGGCUCAACGAGAAAACUAAAGUAAUCCCCCGCUGCCCAGGAUUUCCCUUUCCCCGCCCCAGCGCGGGGGCGGCCCCGGGGGCGGCCCGAGCUCGGCCGGGAGCGGCACCCGCGGAGCCCCGGCGUCCCGCAGCGGCCAUGCAGCUCCUGCCGCUGCUCGCCUGGGCGCUGCUGCCAGGCUGCGGGGCGGUGACGGGACCCGGCACCGUCUGGGGGUUCCUGGGGGGAUCCCUGUCGGUCACCUGCACCUACCAGCCGGGCUGGGAGAAGUACCCGAAAUUCUGGUGCAUCCCAAGUGGAGCUGGUGUUUUUACCUGUGGUAAGGACAUCAUCAUCACCUCGGAGUCGCAGCCCGUGGUGGAGCAGGGCCGGUUCUCCAUCCGGGACAACCGCACACAGCGGGCAUUCACGGUGACCGUGCACGGUCUGUCCGAGGAGGACGAGGGCACCUUCCGCUGUGGAGUGCGGAGAAGGGUUCUGCGUGAUGAGAGUGCUGAUGUGAAGGUGAUCCUGCUCUCAGCUUCUUCCACUGUCCCAUCAUGGACCUACGUGACCACCACGUCCUCUCAUCACAUUGUCUCAGGCCACACACAGACAAUUUCCCAGGGGGAAGUUUUGCAAUCAACAUCAAAUCCUUCCACCCCUCAACUCGUGAAUGUGGUUGAGCACAUCCUCACUCCAGCCAUUGUUGUGGUCCUUUUUUUGCUUGCAGUGGCUGCUGGUGUUCUAAUAGUACUCUCCAGGAAGAAGAAGGCCACAUCCAUGUUUCAUCCAGCCCUUUCUGGAGCAGCCAUAGAGAUGGACAGGACUUGCACCAUGUCACCUACAGGGGCAGAAGCCUUGACCUACGCGGAGAUCACCCGCGGCAGGGGCACGGCCGGGAGCCAGCACGGCGGUGCUGAGCCUGUCCCCCGCCUGGAAACGCUCCCGGUGGAGUACACAGAGGUCAGGCUGAGCGCUCAGCUUUUGGAAGAGGAAAGAGAGGCGUUAUAUGCCAGAGUGCAGAAGCCCGCGCCGCAGCAGGAGCAGAUCUACGCCAACGUGCCAUCAGCUCCACAGCCCAGUGAAGAGCUCUACAGCACAGUGUGGGGUACAUGAGCAAGCACCCGGCCCCACGGGCUGCUCCUGCUGCUGGCAGCACCAGUGAGACUUGCACUGAGGACACGGGGUUGAUGUUCUGCUCAGGCAGGAGCCGGCUCGAUAGCAGAGCUGUUGGUCUCUGAGGCUUGGAUGUUUCUUUGAGGCAACAUCAGACAGGAUGAGGUUGUGUGGAGGCACAGAGAGGGUUGAAGAUAAAGUCGUGCCUUUGCAAAUUCAA